AUGGAGAAGAUUUUUAUAUUGAUGUUAUCCGUAUUUUUGAAUACGGUCUUAUCAGCAAAGGAGCCGAAACAAAUCACAUUGGCAAAUCAAGGGACGAUAGCGGGGAUGUACAUAACGAGGUUUAGAACAAAGAGGAUAGCGGCGUACCUUGGGCUACCUUACGCUCAGCCUCCGAUUGAUUUCAGGCGAUUCACUCCCCCUGAAUAUACAGAUCUUCCUCAAUGGGAAGGUGUGAGAAACGCGACCAUUUAUGCACAUGAUUGCAUGCAAAGCGACCCAAAGACAGAGGACGUACAACACCCAUUGAAUAAACAUGACGAACUAUUUACAAAAUUAUUGGAAUCUCAAAUGGAGGAACCUCGAAAGAAGGAGUAUUCUGAAGACUGCCUGUAUCUAAAUGUCUACGUGCCAGAUGAUUUUAAAGUCGAAGAUUAUCCCACGAUGGUUUGGUUUCACGGCGGAGAUUUCGUUAGAGGCAGUCCGAAUAAUGUCAAUCCAUUUCAACUGGUACUUAAACAAAAGGUAAUAUUUGUGUCUGUGGCGUACCGUUUAAAUAUAUUCGGCUUUUUCUCAACUUUAGAUAACGAAUCUCCAGGAAAUUUUGGCUUGUUAGACCAAGUUGCGGCUCUGACUUGGGUUAAAAAUAACAUCGAAGCUUUUGGAGGUGAUCCGGAAAACGUAUGCAUAUUUGGUCAUGACGCAGGUGCUGUGAGUGUUGGACUACACUUAAUAUCACCGUACUCUUCAGGACUGUUUCAAAAGGCAAUAGCCAUGAGCGGUAAUGUAUUAUCGCCUGAAACAGUUAAUAUAGCGAGAAAGGAAUUGAUAACGGUCGAUAAAGUGGCCACAGCGUUCAGCUGCUUCAGAAAGCCAACUUUUCAAUUGUUAGACUGUCUGAGACGAGUAAACUACCAAGCAUUACUGGAUAUUGGAGAACCUUUAGCUUCGUGGAAACCGAUUGUCGACAGCGGCUUUAGUAAUAUAUCUCAACCAUUUUUAACGGAUUUACCGAGUAAAAUGUUUAGUGAUGAAAUAUUUAGUCCGGUACCAAUUUUGACUGGUUUUACUAAUAUGGAAGAUGCUCUCCUCCUAGAUAAAGACGGGAAUGAAGAUUCUGGUAUAAGUCAAAGAGAAUUUGAUGUCAUGCGCGAAGAAGUGAUUCUUUCAGAUAUAAUAGUGGACAAUAGCUCAUGUUUUACAAAUCAACAUCAUAUACAAGACGCAGUUGCGUUUUUCUAUAAACCGAUUCCACCAACAACAAAUGAGACUAUAUUGAGGAAACAAUUUUUGGACUUUUAUACUGAUAAAGUAUAUGGAGCUACAACUUAUCAAUUAGCAAAAUAUAUGAGCAAGCAUUCUCCUGUCUACCUUUAUAGAUUUGAUUUGAAACCGUUUUCAGACAUAGCCAACGAAGGCAUACCAGAUUGGAUCGCAGUGCCACACAAUUUUGACUUGAUAUUUACCUUUGGUAUGCCCUAUUUAGCUUUGCCCGAAGAUUUAACUAAAUGGGACUACAGAGAUAAGAGCAUAUCCGAGAUUAUUAUGAAAAUGUGGAGCAAUUUUGCCUGGUAUUCAAAUCCCACUAAUUCGGGUGUUAUUAUUCAAUGGGAUACGUUCGAGAUUGAGAGGCCUGGCUUCUUUAUCAUCGACAGGCAGAAUUUCACGAUGAGUACACAACAAACAGUUAAUUAUAAGGCAUUCGAAUUUUGGACGGACUUUUACCCAAAAGUUUUAGAAAUUGGUACAAAGUGCUGUCAAGAAACGAUGGAUUUCAAACAUACUUUAGUUCUGCUCACGGUAGCGUGCUUCGUAUCUGGCCAAAGACCGACCUUCGCUGGGUCGAAACCGAUAGGAUUUCCUGAGUUGACAAACAAAACAUCGGAUUCACUUGGAAAUAGAUUUGGCGAUGGUACACCUCUAGUUUUACCAAUCGAAGCGAAAGGCGAUCGAGCUCUUGUGGAGCGAAUCAGCAAACUUCCAAUCGACAAGCAACCUUUUUGGUACAUAAAUUGGAAAGCCCUUGAGGAGAACAGGAAAAAUCCACAGACAUACGAACAGAGACCCAAUUCUUUUUCCGAGUCAAUUAUCAAUCAAGGACAGAAUGUUGCCAGUAACACAGAUGGUCUUAAUUCCAAAUUUGGCACCAGUAUUGACAGUCAGAGUGAAAAUUCUGCCAGUGGUAACACACAGAGCAGAUUCAAUAACAAUGCAUAUAGAAGACAAAACAGGUACUGAAUUGGAAAUUUGACCAUAAGGGCUGUGAUAUACUUAGUAAAGAUAGACGUCGCGUUAUUAGCAAUAAUAAAAGUAAAAUGUUGCCCGUUACAAGAAUAAUAUUAAUUUCAAAAGUUAUUAUGAAGUUAAAUUUAUGCUACGGAAAAAUAAAUAUCGUGCAAUAA